GAGGGCGCAAUGCAACGAGCGUGUGUUCGACGACAAAAAGGCGCUGAAUUAUCAGAAAGUCUUUGAUAGGUUUACCUUAAUUUUUAAACCAAAGUACUCUUUGGACACCAGAUAUAAAGAAGAUGAAGUUGGUGAGAUUUCUUAUGAAGCUCAGUCACGAGACUGUUACUAUUGAGCUGAAGAAUGGAACACAGGUGCAUGGAACGAUCACAGGUGUGGAUGUGAGUAUGAACACGCACUUGAAGACAGUCAAGAUGACACUAAAAAACAAAGAUCCCGUUCAGUUAGAAACGCUGAGUAUUCGUGGCAACAAUAUCCGCUAUUUCAUCCUACCGGACAGUCUCCCGUUAGACACACUGCUGAUCAACGAUGGCCCAAGGACAAAGGGCAGAGGGGGACGAGGAAGCAGGGGUCGUGGAGCGCCGGGUGCCCGGGGCCGAGGGAGAGGACGAGGGCGUGGCGGCAGGGGACGUGGCACAGGAUUUGGCGGCGGCGGAGGUGGUUUUCGCGGUGGCAGAGGAGGGUCCCGAUUCUAGACUGAUGAUCUACCUUCCUCUACCAUGUACAGUAACGAUCAUGUUUAGUUUGUCCCGUCAACUCAACUUGGCAAAUCUAAGGUGUUACAAUGAUUUGCAUAGAUAAUCGUUUGUCAAGCAACAACGUUCAGUUUCAAGGAAUGGGGAAUGUUACCUGGAAAAUGUUAUAUUCAGUACAUUCCAUUUUAGGCAGUCCUAAGCAAUUUAUGCAGGUGGAUUUCACCAAGAAACUUCAUUUUUAAGGAUAAUGUCAAGCAUUUGCACAUGGAACAUGACAUGAAGGACAUGACAUGACAACAUGGAACAUGACAUGACAAGUUAUUGCUUCAUUAAUAUGCUUGAUAAGUUUUUUUAUUGAACACAUUUUUUCGCUUUAUUGAUAUCAUAUGUUAUCAAAAUUCUGACUGACACAUUACAAAACUCAUACAUAAAUUACAUCAUUUUGUGGAAAUACAAAAUAUGGUAAAGUCAUAUCAUGUCUGGACUGAUAUUAAUUAAUAAAUAUAUGUAUCAUCUUUCCCAUGAA